AUGGGAGACAUCAAUGCUAAUGAUGUUCCAAACCAAGCUAACAUCAAUGCUCAGCUACUAGCCGGCCAAGCCCAACUGACGGCCACUAUGAAUGCAGUAACCGAGCAGCUGGCUCGACUGGAACACGGGAACCGUCCCAAUGGCUUGCGUCCUAGGAGAAGGAAUCACCCUUAUCUGGAGGAUCCACAGCUACAUUCUGAUGAGGACAGCUCCGAUUCUGAACCACCCAAUCGAGAAGAACCUCGACCUGUCCAAGCUGAACGAGAGGGUCGACGAGAACAUAGAAUCCAAGGAGAUGGAAGUCCGAUCAGGAGGAGGUGCCGAGAGGAUGAAGUUCCAUGGAAAGGAGGAAAAGACCUCAAACUUAACCCGGCCACGUUUGCUGGAAAGGUUAACCCAGAUGCCUAUGUUGGAUGGGAGAGGCGCAUGGAGUACAUCUUCGAGUACUACAACUACUCCGAGGCCAGGAAGAUAGCCUUAGCCGCGGCCCAACUGACUGACAAUGCUCUCUCCUGGUGGGAUAGAGAAAUGUCUGAGGCUGGCCGAGUCUAUCGAGUUGAGGCUUGGGAAGAUAUGCGAUCCAAGCUUCGCACAAGGUAUGUUCCGGCUUAUUAUCAACGGGACUUACAAAAAUGUUUUCGUAAAUUGUCUCAGGGAACCCGGACAGUAGAGGAGUACUGCGAGGAGUUUGAGUCCCUCAGGAACAAACUCAAGACGCGUGAGACUCAGGACACGCUGAUGGCACAGUUCAUGGACGGUCUGCAAGAUCGCAUCGCCCGAAAGGUGGAGCGCCAGCAGUACGAGACCUUCCAUGACCUGCUCCACUUUGCCAUUCAAGCCGAGCAGCACAUUAAAAGGAAGAAUGAGUCAACGGCCAAGGGCAAGGGUACUUGGACGCAACUGGCUUCCAAAGGUGUUUACAAGGGCAAAUCCAUCGAGGUGGAGAACCGGUUCAAGAAGAACCAAGCUGAGCAGUCUAAAACCGGUCUAUCCGACCAAGGUAAGAACCAAGCUCAAAAUCAACGGACCCGUGACAUUACUUGUUUUAAAUGUCGGGGAAAGGGGCACUACGCGAGAGAUUUCCCAAACAAACGUGUGAUGGUCCUCAAGGCUGAUGGUGAAUAUGAAUCCCAAGACGAGGCCGAGGUCGAGCCCUUAGUGUCUUAUGAAGAGGUGGUCGAUUAUGCUGAAACCAGAGAACUAUUAGUGACCAGACGUUCACUCAGUGCCCUCUUCGACCCUGAAACCAUCCAAAGAGAAAACAUCUUUCAUACAAGAUGUAGUGUGGAACAAAAGGUAUUUAGCCUGAUCAUAGAUGGUGGUUCUUGUACUAACGUGGCUAGCAAUAUUGGCAAGUAUCAUGACCAGGUCAAGUGUGAUGCUGUGCCCAUGCAAGCCGGCCACAUACUCCUAGGGCGGCCGUGGCAGUUCGACAAAGAGACCAUUCAGUAUUGCCGAACCAAUGUCUAUAGCUUCAGCCACAACAAUAAAAAGCACAGCCUGGCACCUCUAAGUCCUCAAGAGGUUUACGAAAUGCAUCAGGCCAUGGACCAUUCCAGCAAGGUGCUACUAAUGGUCUUUAGGGAAGGUUGUUUUGCAGGUAUUGAGGCCCAAGAAUUACCAGCUGAAGUACAAGGCCUCAUGGAGCAGUAUAAGGACGUCUUUCCUGAUGAGAUCCCAGCCGGCUUACCCCCUAUCUGA